CAGACGUCUCAAUCGAGUUCACGUGCAGCGUGCCAGGCAUGAACGGCACCAGCUGCUACGACUGGCGAAGCACCAAGGGCUUCCUCUUGAUUGGCCGCGACUCGAUGCCUCCGCUCCUCACCCUCAAAAUCAGCGACUCGAUCAACCAUCUCGGCGGCCACAGCUUCAGCGGAGGCAGCAGUGGCCACGUUUACCGCACCUCCUUUGCAAAGUGUCCGGGCGCUUCGAUCGACCCCUCGUCGACGAUGUUGAUCAAGCUCGACGAGCAGGGCCUUGCCGACGCUGAGAGAGUCCGCCGCACCGCGCUUCAGCACCGACCGGCCUUUGUGGCGCUGCUCGACGCGUGCGGCGGUGGCUUCAAUGUCGAGCUCACCUCCACUCACGCCACGAACAAGGCGACGUACAUCACGCUGAAGGCGGAGACGCCACGCGGCUCGACGUUUGAUCUCGACGUCCGCAUCGGAGGCGCGCACAUGUCGCAAUCGCGCGUGACCCGCAAGCUCACGGCUGACCUGGUCGGCAGUCUGCGCGAGUUUGCGGCGCUCGGCGACGGUGCGGGGACGUAUGGCCGCAUCACUCUCACUGCGACCGGCUCGGACCUGGAGGUUGGGCCAGACAGCUUCUCGAUUGCCACAGCGGCGGCGCGCACGACCGGUGGCAGGUUCACCGUCGCGCCGUCGCCCUACGAUCGCUGAAAGGCCUCUCAUGUGCGCAGUCUCGUGUCACAGAGACCGUCGCUUCGCCGUCGACGCGCAUCGCGCUGACCGUAUUGUACACAUACACAGCGGGCUCUCCGAAUCUCCGACGCGGAAGACGGCUAGUGCUAGUCCCCCACCGGACGCGCUCGCGGUACCUGUUCCAAGACGGCGGCUGCCACCGCGCGUACCCGGGUAUCUAGUGUGCGUGUUGGUUGGUGAUGGUCUGCAAGGCUUGAUGCAAGGCGGC